CACUCUCCUCUUGCAGGGCAUCAGGUGUCAACACAGUCAAAAAUUGAUCCAAAUCAGAUUCCACGGCCUGUGUCAAGUACCUCAGUUCCCCUGUUUGAGACCCGUCAGGGAAAUCAAGCAAACAUUCCACCGCCUGCCACAAGUGAUUUCAUUGUCAAGGAUAAUGGCAACUGCAGCCCACGUUUGAUGAGAUGCACCAUGAAUCAAAUACCAUGCACUGGAGAUCUGUUGUCGACAUCCAGCAUGCCCCUGGCUUUGAUGGUACAACCCUUUGCGCUUCCACAUCCAUCUGAGGAGCCUAUCCAAGUUGUGGACUUUGGGGAAAGUGGACCUCUUAGGUGUUCUCGCUGCAAAGGAUAUAUGAAUCCUUUCAUGAGAUUUGUUGAUCAAGGACGGCAAUUCGUUUGCAAUCUAUGUGGAUUUACCAAUGAGACUCCUCGGGACUACUACUGUAAUCUAGGGCCAGAUGGUAGGCGACGUGAUGCUGAUGAAAGGCCCGAGCUAUGUAGGGGAACAGUGGAAUUUGUUGCUACUAAGGAAUACAUGGUCCGCGAUCCAAUGCCUGCUGUGUUUUUCUUCGUCAUUGAUGUCUCAAUGAAUGCUAUACAGACUGGGGCAACUGCAGCAGCUUGUACUGCAAUCAACCAGGCUCUUGCAGAUCUUCCUGAAGGUCCUCGAACGAUGGUGGGCAUUGCAACCUUCGAUUCAUCUAUUCAUUUUUACAAUCUUAAACGAGCUUCACAGCAGCCUUUGAUGCUUAUUGUUCCUGACAUACAAGAUGUUUAUACACCCCUUCAUACUGACCUGAUAGUUCCACUUACUGAGUGCCGUCAAAAUUUGGAGCAAUUGCUGGAUGGCAUUCCAAACAUGUUUGAAAAUAAUAGAGUUGCUGAAUCUGCAUUUGGUGCAGCUAUCAAGGCUGCGUUUCUGGCUAUGAAACCCACAGGGGGAAAGCUACUCGUAUUUCAAUCAGUCUUGCCAUCAGUUGGUAUUGGGUCUCUUUUCUCCAGAGAAGCAGAAGGAAGAACAAAUGUUUCUUCAGGAGAUAAGGAGGCUCACAAAUUGCUUCAGCCAGGAGAUAAGACUCUGAAAACAAUGGCAAUAGAGUUUGCUGAAUAUCAGGUUUGCGUGGAUAUAUUCCUUACAACUCAGACCUUUGUAGACAUCGCUUCCAUCUCUGUUGUUCCGAGAACUACUGGAGGACAGGUUUAUUAUUACUACCCAUUUUCAGUUCUUUCUGAUCCUGCUAAACUCUACAAUGAUCUUAGAUGGAACAUCAGUAGACCCCAAGGUUUUGAAGCUGUGAUGCGUAUAAGAUGUAGCCAGGGUCUUCAAGUUCAGGAGUAUUCUGGAAAUUUUUGCAAGCGCAUUCCCACUGAUAUUGAUCUCCCUGCGAUUGAUUGUGAUAAAACCAUAAUGGUCACCUUCAAACAUGAUGAUAAGUUCCAGGAGGGCUCAGAAUGUGCUUUCCAGUGUGCACUUCUUUACACUACAGUAUACGGGCAAAGAAGAAUUCGAAUUAUAAAUCUCUCGCUUCCCUGCACCAGCAUGCUCAGCAAUCUGUUCCGUUCAGCUGAUUUGGACAGUCAGUUUACCUGUUUUCUGAAGCAAGCUGCAAACGGCAUCCCAGCUAGUCCUCUUUCUCAAGUGCGGGAACAAAUCACAAAUCUCUGUAUCAACAUCUUAUGCUCUUAUCGAAAAUUUUGUGCAACCGUAUCAUCAUCUGGACAGUUAAUUCUUCCUGAAGCUCUUAAGCUUUUGCCUCUAUAUACUCUAGCUUUGGUCAAAAGCAUUGGCUUGCGAAAUGAUGGGCGGCUGGAUGACCGGUCCUACUGGGUCAGCCGUUCUGCUUCACUUUCUAUUCCAAUGGCAUUUCCAUUGGUGUACCCUAGGAUGAUUUCUAUUCAUGAUCUUGCUUCAAAGGAGGAUGAUGGAUCUCUUUUAUCUGCUACAAUUCCUUUAUCCAGUGAGCAUAUAAAUGAUGAUGGAAUUUAUCUGCUGGAAAAUGGUGAGGAUGGUCUGAUUUAUGUAGGAAACAUGGUGAAUCCAGAUACUGUCCAACGGAUAUUUGGAGUUUCUUCUGUGGAUGGGAUUCCAACCCAGCUGGUACUGCAGCAUUUUGAUAAUGAUCUUUCAAAGAAACUAAAUGAUGUUGUUGAUGAGACAAGACGCCAGAGAUGUUCAUACUUACGUUUGCGGCUGUGCAGAAAAGGAGAUCCAUCAGGUUUGUUUUUCCUUUCGUAUAUGGUCGAAGACAAGAUUCCGGGUGGCCUUUCCUAUGUGGAGUUCCUUGUACAAGUUCAUCGGCAAAUACAAACAAAAAUGGCAUGAAGCUUAAGACAUGUUCAUCAAGUUUUGGUUGCUAUGAGAUUUUCCUUGGUAAAAGAUCCAUCCAAAUUGGAGAUGGAUAGAAGAUUUGAGAAUGGGAUUCGUUCUGACAAAUGCACAUGCUUGGUGCUGUUGAUGCCAACAAGUCCAUUUAAAUGAGAGGAGGUGCGGGACUUUUGUGGUUGCAGUUUUUGCAACUAUCAGGACUUGGAGACAGGUGAUACAAAUAUUGUAAAAACAGAGCUUGGUUAUUAAUCUGAGGUCGUCCUUUUUCUUGAUAUUUGGUUUUUAUUUGUUGUAAACUAAGAGGGUGUAAGAUAUGGAAAGAAAUGUUGGGGGCUUAGCAAUAAACGUUAGUUUGGUGGUUGGUUACUAUUUCAUCAUGAGUAACUAUUAUUGACGUGUAACAAUUUUAUAGCAGGCUCUCCUUGCAUAUUAAACUUUAUAUCUAUCUUUGGUAUGGUUUCAUUUCCA